AUGAAAUCAGCCAAGCCUGCCGCUCUCGUUAUUGGCGCCUCUCGUGGUAUAGGUCGCCAGAUAGCGAUCGAUCUUGCUCGAAAUGGCUACGCAGUAAUGCUCUCCGCCAAAACGACCUCAGACCCGAGCCAAACAACUCCCUUUCCCCCCGACCCCAACUCCUCCUCAUCUACCAUCAACACCGUCGAGCGCGAGAUUCACAUCUCCGGCGGCACUGCCGCCUCCAUCGCCGCCGACGUGCGCGACUCGCAGCAAAUUCAAAACGCAGUGGCCGAGACCCUGCGUGUCUUUGGACGGCUGGACGUCCUCGUCUACAACUCCGGGGCGAUCUGGUGGUCCUCCGUGGAGGGUACACCCCUGAAAAAGUUCAAGCUGAUGCAGCAGGUCAAUCCCGAGGGACUGUAUGCAAGUGUACAGGCGGCGUUGCCUGCGUUUGAGAAGAAUGGAUGGAAGGGGCGGAUUGUGGUGGUAUGUCCGCCGAUUUAUUCAAGGUUUUUCCGAGGAAAGACGGGGUAUGCUAUGGGCAAAGUCGGAAUGAGCGUGUUGGUCAAGGGUCUCGGUAUGGAUUUUGUUCGACAGCAGAGGACUGAAAUGGCGAUUACUGGGAUAUGGCCUGCCGUGGCAAUCGAGUCCGCGGCCACCGAGUUUAACAAUUCCGACGACAAAUCGUACAAGAAUGACCUGCGUAAACCGACCAUCUUCUCGGAUGCAAUCUUAGCCAUGCUUCGUGCUCCCCCGGCACGAGUGAACGGCCUUCUAGACACCGACGAAGACUUUCUCCGGGAAGAAUGCGGGGUGACCGAUUUCUCCAAGUACGCGGUGAUCCCUGGAUCCACGCCUCGGCGGAUCAUGCCAGCAAAGUUCCCCACUUUGGAGGUUGCGGAGCAAGAUGACGAGGGCAAGAGGAUGGAUAGUGCAAAGACACGGGCCGCUAAGAUAUAG